UGUCAAAAUAUAUGAAAAAAUAUAAAAAAAUUGCUUUUGCAAUGACAGAAUUUCUGAUACAUUUUUUACACUAACAUUGAAUAUAGUGAUUUCAUAUUAUUACUUUAACAUAAAAUUGACAUGAAAUCGUUUUGUGAGAGAUGAGCGUCUUCGGGGAUUUUCAGCGUGUGUGGGUGCAACGUUUUCCAGAGAGCACUUUACCAGCCGCUUGGGAAGACGAUGUCAGGGCCAAUUUAGCUAAACAUAAACAGAAAGUAGCUAUACUUAGGGAAGAGUUAGAGAAAGAAGAAUUCUAUGUCGAGUAUUUGGAGACAUUGCUGUCUGAUGUCGAGAAACAUAAAGCUUCCCAAGGAAGUAGGACGGCGCCGCCCUCAGGGAUUGACACGAAUGACGAUAAAACAUCUGAUAGCAAACAAGAUUCUAACACUGACUCACUCUCAAAGAAAAGUGAAACAAGUCUUAAGAGUGAUGACUCAGCGGAGGCUCCUGACUGUGAAGAGGUACACUUGAGAAACAAACCUGUAAAUUUUGCUGAAAGGAGUUCCGUUAACCAAUGCAUAAACGAACUGUCAUCAAACCUUGCAGCAGAAGCUCGAAAACGGUGCAACAGUGAAAUUGUAAAACGAACUGAUAAUGAUAUAAGCGAUGUAGAAUCAACUAAUAAAACUCAAGCUAAAAACCGUCCAGCAUCACAAGCAGGUGAUUUUGUAACAGUGAUUGAAGUUAAUGGUUUAAAAGCAGUUGAGAAUGCUGCUAAGAAAUUGGAUGAAUCACCACCAUCCUCGGAAAGUAGUUCUACAGAUCCUGCAUCUGCUACUAAGAAGAAAGUGCCACCAAAGCCACCUCCAAAAGUUUUCAACAAACGUGGAGCUUCACUACCAGAAUCAGGUUUGGCCGAAGACAGUCCCCCAUCGUCGCUGGGAAGAAGACUACGAAACGCCGAUUCUCGGGAAUCCAUUGCCAGCAGAGCGUCUACACCUUCAAUUAGUGAAAGGGUAAAAAGCUACGAGUCAAUCAACUCAUUGUCUUCGGAACGCAAGCGGUCCGGCGGCGCGGCCACGCCCCUCUCCAUCGACGAGGAGGCCACGUCCUGCACGCCCGACCCGCCCGACGCCUCCGACGACAAGUCGGCGCCGAUAUCGCUAGAGAGCAUUCCCGCCGUCGUGCGCUCCGCCGAGGACGAACCCUACUACGACCAAGUCCCGGUGGACAUCAACGAUGGAGAAUAUGUUUAUAUACAAGCAGAAGGCAGGGACCGUUUCCGGGCGCUGUCGGACUGGGGCGUGGUGCCGGCGGGCGCGGGGUCGGAGGACAGCUCGAGCGCGGGCACGCUGCCGCCCGCCGCGUCCGCGCCGCCCGCGCCCGACUCGCCGCUCUGCGCCACCGCGCCCAACUACGUCAACAUACACUACUUCAUACAACAAGCUGGCGAGGGUACGGAACCGAGCGAGACGAGCUCCGAGCUGGCAGACUCCAGCGACACCCCGCUCCUGCUGCGAACUAUUUCAUCGGACACAGAGGCCAGCGCUACGCCGCCGGUUUUAAGAAAACUUCAACAUCAGGAAUCUAACAUCAGCAGCAAUGCAGAGGCCGAGCGUCUCACGAUGCACCGUUGCAUUGUCACAAGUAUCAUAGAAAGCGAGACUGUGUAUGUGGAAUGCCUCUAUGUAAUGGAGAAGUACAUGAACGCUAUAAAAGCCACACUAUCGACGUCUCAACCUGUCAUAACAGAGGAAAAAUUCGGUACAAUAUUCUAUAAAAUAUCAGAGUUGCACGACUUGCACAAGAGUUUCCUUGAAGGUCUAAAAAAUGCUGUCGCCAGUUGGGAAGAACCAUUAUCUGUAGGAAUCCAUUUUAAAAAAAUGGCUGAAAAUAUAAACGUAUAUGGGGCGUUCCUCCACAACUACGGGCGCGCCACGGACGCCGUGCGACGGCGCUGCGCGACCUCGCAGCGCUUCGCCGACCUCACGCGACAGAUCACGUGUCGCGGACAGCCGAUGUCGCUCGACGAUCUCCUGCAUAAGCCUGUAGCUCGUGUGCAGAAGAACGCACUAGUUUUACACGAUCUUAUUAAGUACACACCGGCGAGUCACCCCGAUCAUGCGAUGUUAACCGAGGCCUUGAAUAUGACGCAACAUUUCUUAGACGAAUUCAAUAUUAUACAAACUAAGUCCAUGUUUCCGAACGCAGACAGAGCACAGCGGAGACUCGUAAAAAACUCUUUUAUCGUCGAACUAUCAGAUGGACAUCGAAAAUUGAGACAUCUAUUUCUUUUCAACGACGUUAUCGCCUGCGCUAAAUACAAGGCUUCCGGGAGAGAUAAAUUCACGUUUGAGCUGAAGUGGUUCAUUCCGCUGCCGGACAUCGUGGUGGUGGAGGACGAGGGCGCGGGCGGCGCGGCCGAGCGCGAGGCGUCGCCCGCCAACAUCGUGGCGCUCAAGUCGCAGGCCUGCACCGUGCGCGACAUCAUCCUGGCCGAGGAGCGCGCCACGCAGGACGACAAGAAAAUACGCCUGGGUGGUCGCGGUGCGGCGGAAAAACAACGGAAAAAACUUUCGGAGCUCGAAGGACAGCUAGUUCUGGCGUCUCCAAACCUGGUGUUCCGAGUGGGCGCCCGGGCGCCGGGCUCCACGACACUGCAGCGGCAACACAUAUUCUUCCUCAGCUCGGAAUAUGAACGCACGCAGUGGAUUGAUUCCAUUCAUGCCUUACAGGCAUCGUCUGCACCUCCCGCCGGCACCAGUACUGUAUCAAUGUUAGAACUUCAAGGAUGGGUGACGGCAUGUCGCAGCUACCUGCAGACAGACAUGGGCUCCUACCUCCUUCGGAGCGGUAGAGAUGACUCUUUGCUGCUAGGGGACUUGCAACUACAUAUAGGAGGCAUGACUGCACCUUUGGAUACUUCAGCUGACUAUUACAUCGUGGUGGAGGUGGAUUCGUAUGGGCACUACUUCCGCAAGGCGAAGUCUAAGCUGGUGUGUCGCAGUGCGCAGCCGCGCUGGAACGAGAGCUUCACACUCGACCUCGAGGGCUCGCAGAACUUACGGCUGCUGCUCUACGAGGACGCCGCUCGCCCGGUUCUCCGGGGGAAGUGUACGCUUAAGUUGUCCCGCGAGUGGGUGGGCGAGAGCGUGUCGCGCACGGUGUGCGUGGGCGGCGGCUCGCUGCCGCUGCGCGUGCGCUUGUUGCCGCCCGAGCGCUCCGCGCGACACGUGCCCAGCGCCAAGCCCGGCGCGCUCUUCGGCGCCAAAAUCACGCACGUCGCCAAACGUGAAAAACGAAACAUCCCUUUCAUUAUAAGCGCGUGCGUGCGCGAGGUGGAGCGCCGCGGCAUCGGCGAGGUGGGCAUCUACCGCGUAUCCGGCAGCGCCUCCGACCUCAACCGGCUCAAGAAGAGCUUCGAAACUAAUGCAUACGAAGCUGAACAGUUAUUAAAAGAGGUUGACGUACACUCUGUGACUGGAGUAUUGAAGCUGUACUUACGUGAAUUGCCGGAGGCAUUGUUUACUGACGCUUUAUAUCCAGAAUUGUUACGGGCUUGGGGAUCAACACAGGGUGCUGGGGCCUCUACAGAUUCAGGGCCGGCACACACGAGGCGCCACGCACUACUCAAAUGUUAUGCACAACUUCCAGACCUCAAUAAGAAUUGUAUUGAUUUUCUCCUUAAUCAUUUUGUCAAAGUUAAUCAGCACGAGGGCGAGAACAAAAUGUCUCUGCACAACCUGGCUACCGUAUUCGGGCCGACGCUGUUGCGGCCGAGCGCGGCGGGCGGCAAGCUGCGCGCAGACCAGCUGGCGGCCGGCACCGUGGACGCCAUGGCGCAGGCCGGCAUCCUCUACACACUGCUGCAACAACGACACCUCGCGCAGCACCUGUCCGCGCACCGCCCGCACGCGAACCCGCCGCCGUUACUCGAUUGAACUUCAUAUUGAGUCACCUUAUCUGUUAUACCAUCGACCUAAUUAUUUUUAAAUUUAAAAUCUGCGUCGCAAUAAUUAUUUUAGUUUGAAUGGGAAAACCGGUAAUGUGUAUCUCGCAGUCAACUGGUUAUAUUGCAUAUUUCACAUUCCAAGCUGAUACAAACUCGAUAUUCACAAAUCUGAAUUUUCAUGCUGAGAUUAAAUAAAGAGCAAAAUAAACAUGUAUUAUAAAUAAUUUCUUGCACCAUAAGAGAUUGAUAAACUAAUAAGAUAAUCCAGUUAUAAGAUGGAUUAUAUUCAAAACCACUGCCGACAGUAUUAGGAAACAAAAACUUUACUUCUGCAGUCAACAAAAAAUGUUGUUGAAAAACAUUUUUUUCAAUGUUGUUUCUAACAGGUUUUAUUAGUAUGAAUCAAAUCUUAGGAAAACAUGUUUAAAAUACCUUUGCUUUUGUUUUUCUUGUUUUUUUACCACUUUAGGUUAUGUACAUUAGCUUUACACUAUGAAGUACGUUUUAUCUAAGCAAUAGCUCAAAAUAAAUAUUUCAUUGCCAUACUUAAUAUUUUGAAUUCUACCCGAUUCAAAGAUGAUAAAAAUGAUAGUUGUGUAAUCCUAAGUCACUAAAAUUGAUUAACUAGUAUUAUUAUUAUCAUAUUAAAACUUAACUUGUCAUCACAAAUUCUGAGUGACCACUCUCAUUUAUAUUCAGAAUAACUUAUGGCACAAAAUGUUUGUGAAAUAAUAUCACAAAAUGCACUUUUGCCCUGACUGGGUGUUUUUUGUAAUCCAUUCAUUCAAGAAUCGAUUCUAUCGACGCUAAUUAUAUAAGAACACCAUAAAUAACGAAAUAAGUAUUGAUAGUCAUAUUAUAAGAAAAAGUUCGACUAUGUCGUAAUAAAUUAUUACAUUUAGAGUUAUUUUACAAGUGCUAGUGACAAGGUAUAGAAAAAUCAAUCUUACAUAUAGAUACAACUAAGUAUAUUUGUAUUUCUAUAUUAUAUUUUGCAUGCUUUUAUAUUGCAAUCGUU